GCGUUAAAUCCCUUUAAAUUCCAGUUGACAGAGGCGGAGCAAAUCACCCUGCUGCGUAUUCAGUUCUCUCACUUGUUAUUUAGAGUGGAGCAAUGCGAAGUGUGCACAUGACGGAUUUACCACGAAAGUAAUGAUUUACUCUAGGAAAACGGUUUAGACAGGCGUCCGCGAACCAAGCAGAUGGUGCUCCUCCGGCCAUGACUCGUACCAGGCUCCCCACGGUUGAAGCGGCGUUGAUAUUUCUAUCUGUCGCACAGCUGAGCACAGCUCUGAAGUGUGUGUGCCAGCUAUGUAACAACAACACCUGUGAGACGGGCGCGGACGGGGCCUGCUGGAACUCUGUGAUGCUGAUCAACGGGAAGGAGGAGGCCGUCAAGUCCUGUCUGUCCCCGGCUGAGAUGAGGGGACAGGUCUUCUGCUACAGCUCCCGGAACGUCUCCAAGAGGAACUGCUGCUUCACAGACUUCUGCAACAACGAGACCCUGCAUCUGCAUCCAGGCUAUGUAGAGAGGCCUUCGGAGGAGCCCGGCUGGGGCAGACUGGAGCUGGCAGCAGUCAUCCUGGUGCCCUCUACCCUGCUCUGUGUGAGCAUCCUGCUGGGUGUGUGUGUGGUGCAGAGCCAGCCCUGUGCCUACAACCGGGCCCACAAGAAUGACGCGGAGGAGCCCCUGGAUGACCAAAGUCUUAUGUCCCCCGAUAAGUGUCUUAAAGACCUCAUCUACGAUAUGAGCACCUCCGGCUCAGGCUCCGGGCUACCACUGCUGGUACAAAGGACAAUAGCUCGGACCAUCGUGCUGCAGGAGACCAUUGGGAAGGGCCGCUUCGGGGAGGUGUGGCGAGGGAAGUGGCGAGGGGAGGACGUUGCGGUGAAGAUCUUUUCAUCCCGUGACGAGAGGUCCUGGUUCAGAGAAGCAGAGAUCUAUCAGACCAUCAUGCUCCGACACGAGAAUAUCCUGGGAUUCAUUGCAGCUGAUAACAAAGAUAACGGCUCUUGGACCCAGCUGUGGCUGGUGACCGAGUACCACGAGCACGGCUCCCUGUUCGACUACCUGAACAGGUACACAGUGUCUGUGGAUGGCAUGAUCGUUCUGGCCUUGUCCAUCGCCAGCGGCCUGGCACACCUCCACAUGGAGAUCAUUGGCACUCAGGGGAAACCUGCCAUUGCCCACAGAGACAUCAAGUCUAAAAACAUUCUGGUGAAGAAGAAUGGGACGGCUGUCAUAGCAGACCUCGGAUUGGCUGUGAAACACGACUCCAGUACCAACAUCAUUGAUAUACCGUCCAAUCACAGAGUAGGAACAAAGAGGUACAUGGCCCCAGAACUGCUGGAUGACACGAUCAAUAUUGGCAGCUUUGAGUCAUUCAAGCGGGCAGACAUCUACUCCCUGGGCCUUGUAUUCUGGGAACUGGCAAGGCGGUGUUCCAUCAGGGGACUUCAAGAAGAUUUUCAGGUGCCUUACUAUGAUAUGGUGCCUUCAGAUCCUUCUGUGGAGGACAUGAGAAAGAUGGUCUGUGACCAGAAACUGAGACCCAACAUUCCCAACCAGUGGCAGAGCUGUGAGGCACUGCGGGUGAUAGGCAAGCUGAUGCGCGAGUGCUGGUAUGCCAACGCUGCAGCUCGCCUCACCGCGCUGAGGGUCAAGAAAACCGUCUCUCAGGUGACUGUACUCAAGGACAUCAAAGAUUAGCUAGCCCACUGGCUGGCGCACCAGAAUGUACUGUUAUUGGUCUGGAGCAAAGCAUCCUCAAGACCACGCUGAAACAAGAAACACUCAGCUGGGUCGUAUUAAUUAGAAACCAAACAAAAGAAAAUGGGGAGGGACUACCUAAACCUAUCCAAUAAGACAUUCUCAUUACAAAAGGUUUUGUUGUGGUUAGUAAAUGUAGGUUUUAGCACGGUGUUACAAAUGCCUGUAUCGCAAGAAUCAAGAUUUGUUUUGUUUUAUGAGCGUUCAUGUCCGCCUGUUCUCGUGAAGUCUUUUUGGUCUCAUCUCCUUCGCUCCUUCUGUGCUGUUUGCACCUUCCCACUUGCACACACACACACACACACACACACACACACACACACACACACACACACACACCAAGCCUUUCCCCAUGCCACUCACGUCGAACAUUAAAGAUGUUCUAUUUGCAUUUGAGGGUUGGUCCAACAGAAUUGGUCACAUGGACACCCAAACACAAUGAGACAUUAUUUUACUGUAACAGAGGAGAAGUUACCUUUUCUAACGACACCUUUUUUAUGUCUCGACUCCCAGACCCUCCUAGAACUGGAGGAUCAGUGAACAUGAUUGUGGAACAUUUAAUGCACAGUUUCUGUCACACUGUGACAGAAAUGCAGUACUUGGUACCAAGUUCCGCUAUGAGUAUUUUAGCCACAUAGUGUUAAUGUGCUAGCUGUCUAGUCUGUUUUUAUAAAUGUGCAAUGAGCAUAAGAAGCAGCAUUUUAUAUAAGGUAGGCCACUUGAUUCCAACAUCUGAACAAAGUGGACAGGCUAGUAUGCUGUUCAAACAGUUGGAGACGGACAGGAGGUUGUGUUCAGAACAGUUCAACUGUUCUAGCUACCUUGCUAGCAAGUAAAUAGAUCCACAUUGGCUAGACUUUAAAUGUAGAGAUUAGCUGGCUACUCACUAGCACGUGGGCUUGUGCUUGAGAGAUUGUUUAUGAGACCUGUUUUAAUUUUCUAUAAUGCCUGUUAAGAGAAGUUGGUCAUUUUUAGUGCAUGGUUCAGGUAAAGAAAAUAAAAAAAGGGCAUUUUCAUAGACUUGAAAGCCAGAUCAGUGAUUAUUGCAAACAAACAGGUUAAAUACUAUUUGAUAAAACAAUGUAAUUAUUAAUGGGUCUUAUGGUUGUGGAAGGCUUAUAUUUAGCCUAGGUAUAACUUCAAAAGUCUUGAAUUCAUUCGAUUAUUCCUGACCGUUUGAAAUGCGGUGUCUUGACCUUUUAAUUGUGCAACAAAGCUUAUUUAAAGAAAACAUUUUUUUAAAUCAAGAUGUAUAUCGUGAAUCUGCCAUAUUUAGAUAAGCGUUUUAGGCCAUAUCGCCCAGUCCUAUAUGGUGUGCACUAAUGAAUACGACCCAGCAGUGAGCAUGCUCAGCUUGUGAUGCCAAUAGAGCCUGCUGUGGUUCAGCAGGGAACACUCCUGUCCAGCCCUGUAGUGUGUGACUGCCUGGAACUGGAUCAACCAAUCCAGAGGAACAGGAAAUUAAACUGUGACCUAUCAGAAGAAGAUGGAUGAUUUACAAUGUACCGAUUUCCUCUGCUACCUCAGAUGUUUUUAAGUGCCCAAUGCUUGAAGUUGCACAUUGAACGCUUUGUGCCAUAUUUAUACUGUAUGUAGUGCUAGGCAACAUGCAAAAUGACUGUAAAUGCUAAAUGUUACUGAGUAACACACUCACUGCUAUGCCUGAUUUGUACAGGACACACAAGGUCUAUACCCAUAAAGAUAAUUGUUACUUGGGAGCUGCCCCUCCCUCCCCCAACCUAUUAUAUUUGUCAUCUAUAUAUAUAUUUUUUUAUAUAAGACUUGAAAAUAAUGCCUAUUUCAACUAUACUAUGUAUUUAAGUCAAACAUAGUCCAAUAUGUUGUAUAAUAAAAUAGAUGAUUUUUAAAGGUGCAAUCUGCAGGUGUAACAAUGACAAAGCCGGCAACCCACCCCUGUUUUUGUCAACAGCUGAGGGAUGGAGAUGGAGAAAUGUAACUACUCUCCAAUUCAUAGACGGGUGUGGAUGCAGCGACUGAUCAUCCAUGAUAUCAAAAUGAUAGUUUUCACCAUGUUUUGAGGCUAUACAAUGCAAACAAUUGCAUUGUUUACAAACCAUGGAGUAAAACAAGCUUGCAUUUUCGGUUCUGAUGUGGUACGACAGUCUUACUAAGCUCAUGACAAAAUGUAUAAAUUAUAUUCUUCAAGAGUCAAUA